AUGUCAUCCAUGAAGUCAAUCCGUCUACUUAAUUGCGAAAAGAAAAAAUUACUUCAAUGUAGUGGGCAUGCUAUAACAAAAUUAGUUAAUGAUAAACAUUAUCUUCAAAGUUGGACAGACUACAACCAUGCAGCGGACGUGAGCUGGUCACAUGUUGCAAUAACAAUUGCCAAAAUCAAAGAAAAAGCACAACAAACUAAUGACAGACUCUCACGAAUAGCACAAGAUGCUAUCACCGAUAGCACCCACUUUAAAAUUUGGCACUUUGAUCUUCUCACUGAACUACCAUCUUUAGAAAGUUUAGUUAUUCCUCAAAAUAUGAAAACAACUUUAAAUAG